AUGACUCCGACGCCAACGUCUGCUCAGCAGGAAUCACCACGUUUCUUUUGCCACGAAUGCAGUGUCAACGUGGAAGCACGAUUAGAUGAUGCCAGUGAGGAGGUCUGUUGUACGCAGUGCGGCGGUAAUUUUGUGGAAGAGAUCGACGAGGACGACCCACCGCAGAAUUUUCGAGCAGAUUUAGUGGAAGAGACACACCCACAGUCGGAGACACCUGAAACAUCUACAGAAGUUGACGCUCGUACUGAGAUUCGUAAUGAAUUUGGCGGCACUCGGCCCUUACCGCGUCCAGCAGGUCGAGCAGCGCGAUUUCCAGCUGCAGAUGAAGGACGACCAUUGCCUGAUUUAUUCCAGUUUUUGUCUGGUGCUACCGGGAAUGGGCGCGGUGCACGCUUCAUAAGCAGCAGUGGGAACCCUGUUGAGGUUUACGUCAGUGAAUUGGGAGAAGGCGGAGAUCCCUUGGAAAUUUUGAAUGCUCUGGGUGGUAUGUUCCCUAUGCUGACAGGAAACUCAGGCGACUAUGCGUUUGGAAACAUGGCUAAUGUAAUCAACCAAUUGAUGCAAAACGAUCAGAAUCGGCAUGGAGCUCCUCCAGCCGCUAAAGAAAUCGUGGAGCAGCUACCGAAGGUGAAAAUUACUCAGAAUGAAGUGGAUGGGAGCGCGGAGUGUACCGUUUGCAAGGAUUUCUUCGCGGUAGAUGACGAGGUCCACCGUCUACCGUGCGAGCACUCUUUCCACCCUGACUGUAUCUUGCCUUGGUUGAAGCAACAUAACUCGUGUCCACUUUGUCGAUUCGAGCUGCCCACAGAUGAUCCUGAUUAUGAGCGGCGGCGUGCGGCGUCGUCGUCCACGUAA